AUGGCAAAGUCUCUUUUCAUGAUAAUGUUUGUAUCCGCAAUAGUAAUAUUUUUCAUGUCUUGUCCAAUUCACUCCCAAGAAAUUGAUCAGUAUUCAGAAGAGUUACCAGAAGAUGUGAGCAUAUCUCCUAGUAUGGAUUUCGAUCUUUACCUCGAAUCUCCCGAUGAAGCUCCAAUCGAAGCCGAUUCACCUGCAAUGGAAUAUGACAUGGAGCUUGCACAUCGUUACUCGUACAAACAGCUCGAUUUCCUUCAGAACUGCCUUCAAAAGAUGAGCUCUAAAUGCGGAGAUGAGAUUUUCAAAAACAUGAUGGAUGAGACGGCGCAGAUAUUGACGAAUGAAUGUUGUCUUGAUCUAUUGAAGCUACACAAAGAUUGUCAUCUCGGAUUGGCUCAAAUCAUAUUUUCGACUUAUGAGUUUAAAGAUAUUGCAUCUAAGGCUAUUCCAAAAAGCAAACAGACAUGGAACGAUUGUGCUCGAAGAGUUGGGAGCCAGAUCGGUGUUCCUGUCUCUUUGGAGUAA